AUGAGCAACAAUUCGAUCGGUUUCCUCACGAACACAAUGAUUUCGCUAACAAGCCUGAAUGUGUUGACUAUGAACCACAACAAACUCACAAAUAUCGAUUUUCGAAGGUUACCGGAAGGCCUUACAGACCUCUCACUGCGCAACAACUACAUCACUACUGUUCAUUAUGUACCACAGAGUGCAAGAAAUCUUCGUCGAAUAGACCUUUCCGGAAAUCAGCUGGAUUUUAUUGUUGGUAGUGGAUCAGUGAACAUGCUCCCACCUUCGCUGAAACAAGCUGAUCUUUCUCAUAACCAAAUCACUUUUAUUCAAGAAGGCGCUCUAGGACACAUGAAAGAAUUAGCUCUCCUUGAUUUGAAAGGAAACCGCUUGACAGAAUUGAAAGAGGGCUCCCUGAGCGGUCCACAAAAUCAGCUGCGUAUGUUUCUCGAAGGCAAUCCAUUCCAGUGUCAUUGCGGACUGCAGUGGUUACUUCACGUCAAGACGAAGACAGCACCAAUCGUCCUCGAUCUGCCUACCCUUACUUGCACCCCGUUGUUGGACGAAAGCCAAGUGCUCAAUUUGACCGUGGCCGAUCGAAUGAACCAGCUUACGUGCAAAUAUGACAAGCUUUGCCCAUUAUCGUGCACUUGUUGCGAGGAUGACACGUGCUCGUGCCGAAGUUCAUGUCCACCACAAUGCCAUUGCUAUCGCUCUGCCAAUAUGGAAUCUCGAAGCUCAUUGGCAUCUAUCAGCUCACUGAAACGGCUUCAGCUCACUUCCAACACACUCUCCAGGAUCCCACCACGGCUUGGACGCCUCACUUACCUGCAGCUAGCCAACAACUCACUGACUCAACUGACCGCUGAUGAUAUCAAAGUGCUCAAUACAGUGAAGCGUGUUUCCCUAGGAGGUAAUACGAGCAGUUUCUCGUGCGACUGCGAAACACCCAGUCCACUUCAGCUGUGGCUUCGUGAGAAGAAGAAUCGGGACAAGAACCAUUCUUGA